AUGACUGUUGCUACUUCUACUAUUGUUGGUGCACUUGCGUGUCAGAAGAACUCAUUUUUAAGAACCUUGAACACUAAUGUUGUGUCUUCACAAGAAUACAUCGAUCCUUCUGCUAAAAAGAAGGCCCCCAGGUUUUAUGCUAUUGAGCUUGAAGACACAGUUCUUUUCCCUGAAGGUGGUGGUCAACCAUACGAUACAGGGAUAAUCAGUGUGAACGGAGAUAAGACCAUUCAGGUCCAUAAAGUUGUUCGUGAUAAACUAAAAGCCUUACAUUUAACACUGGAAUCAAUUGAACCAGGAACCUCUGUUACUUUGAAUGUUGAUUGGGAUAGACGUAUUGAUCUUAUGCAGCAGCACACCGGCCAGCAUUUAUUAUCAGCGAUUUUAGAUGGCUAUGAAAUUCCUACUUUGAGUUGGGCCAUGGGAGAUAUGAUCAGUUAUGUUGAACUUCCGAAAAGACUUGAAGACUCAAUUGUAGAAGAAGUGAGUGAAAAGGUCAACAAUGCUAUACUCCAGCAACAUCCCAUUAAAGUUGUGUCUAAUGAUGAAGCAAAUGAUUCAGAUUUUGAUACUUCAAGUAUUCCUACUGAUUAUGAUAAGGAAAAGGGAGUCAUUAGAGUUAUUAAGAUUGGUGAUUUAGAUUCCAACACUUGUUGCGGUACACAUUUACAAAAUACUGGACAAAUCCAAGCCAUUUCGUUAUUACAUCAAGUCAAUGUUAGGGCAGGUAAUUCUAGACUUCAUUUCAUUUGUGGUUCAAGGGUUUACAAGUAUUUGCAACAACUGCAUUCAAUUUUAAAAGCAGCUGGAAGUUCUUUACUGUGUCAAUUAGGAGAAAUCAAUGAAAAGAUUGAUUUAUUGAACGUUAAUUAUAAGAAAGCAAUGUCUAGAGAAUCUGCACUUUUAAAGCAGAUUGCUGGAGGUGAAGCUGGAAGAAUAUUGAAACUGUUCAAAGAUGGAAAGUCCUUUGCAUUUGUGUAUUCAAAAGAUGCUUCACCUGAAUAUCUUACAGUUUGCCAAAAGGAAUUAGCUACUUUAAUUAAGAAGUGUGAGCCUUCUUCGAGUGAAAUUUCUAUUGGACAGAAACAAACUGUUGUCUACAUCAAUGGAGACACUGGAACAGGAGGAAUGAUAAAAAUGGAAGGUCCAUUGGUUGAAGAAAUCAAAAAGCAAUUGGAUUCAACAUUAAAGAACUUGAAAGGUGGAGGAAAGGGUAACUCAUUCCAAGGUAAAGUGGUUCAUUAUGAAAAAGGUGAAAUCCAAUCUGUUUUAAGGUAUUUUCAAGAAUUUAACCAAUGA